AUGGAAACGCAUGAAAAAGCGGAGAAAUCGAUUGAUGAACGGGUCCAUCAACAGCUGGUUUAUAAGGAUAAUCGAAUUAUCGAUUUGAACAAUGUGAUAUUGGAUAAAGAACGACAGAUUCUUGAUUUACAGGAACGAGUCCGCGAGCACAAUGAAGUGGCGACGGUCAAAAAUCAGGCGAUGCGAAUCGUUCAGCAGAAAUUCGAAGAGAUGAAUCGAGACAAGAAGGAUAUGUCGACUGAAACUGAACCGAAUUUAUUCAAUUCGACGUCUUCUACGACGUCUUCUAAAAAUUCAGAACGUCGCGCGCGGAGCUCGUCUCCAGGACACGUUAUUGCAGCGAGAAGUGCGUUUUAG